AUGUCGUUGACAACUCUCCCCAGGGAGUUGCGCGACCUCAUCUACGGUUUCGCCUUGCUCCAGCCGUCACGAAUCAGGCAGCGCCACAAGGCAACCUGUGAGCGCUCACAGCGAGAACGAGGACAACCCGAACAACCCCCUUUCAUACCCAAGCCCCUACCUUCCUUCAGAGUUGUCGGCAGUACGCAAGAACCAGCAGGUUGCGGUUGCGCGAAGCGACGCCUCGACCUGCUACUAGUGAGCCGCCAGAUCCACGCCGAGGCCGCGCCCGUCUUCUGGUCGAAGAGCACCCACACGUUCGAGAACGCCGAGAUGUUCGUCGAAGACAUGGGACGGCUAAGACCAGAGUACCGAAACCUCAUACGCCAUAUCUGCAUCGUAUCAAUGAUACCCGAACCGCUGCUGAGGCACUCUUAUGGUGACGUUUUCCCCAUUUUCAUGUCCAGGGUGUGGGAGCAUGUUCUCAGCUGCAAGUCGUUGCGCACGUUGGAGGCACCCCCCUCCUUUGUCGAAUUCCACGCAGACGAGAACCAGCGGCUCGGAAAGGAGCUACUGUACUUCGAGACUCUGACGAUACUGACGAUAACAUGCUUCAUCUGGCCGCGCGCCGAAACUCGCCACCAGGAUACUGUCUACGUGCCGUACCCUCUAGAAGUUCCCCUGGACAGGAUAAAGCACGAGGAAGAUAUGAUAGAGCUGGUUCGGGUUGGCAUACCGCGCCAUGCAUUCUCCAUCAACAAUGCCGUCCACGAGCAGCUUUUGCGCGGUUCGCGGUGUAGACCGCCGCGGGCGCUGCAGCUGCGGCUUUGCGAUACCGAUAAUGAGGUAGAUGUGACAUUUCACGAUGGCACGACCGUUCGACUUGAGUUCCUCGGUUUGCCGAAUGGUCCGAAAACGCACUCGCGGAACGUGCGCGAACGGAUCAUGGCGAAGCACCCUGAUAUCUUCUGGACUGAUAUCCGGGGGUGA